CACACCCUUCAUAUUCCCAAUUCUCUUUCCCCAUUUCUUCUCCGAACCCUCGAUCGAGAAAAGGAGACACACACACACACAAACACGCGCUCCUAUAUUUUCUCCUCCACCGUCGCUCUCUCCAUCAACCACAUCAACACAUGGCAAACGCAGCAUCGGGUAUGGCAGUCGAUGACGACUGCAAGUUAAAGUUUUUGGAGCUCAAGGCAAAAAGGACAUACCGGUUCAUAGUUUUUAAGAUUGAGGAGAAGCAGAAGCAGGUCAUUGUGGAAAAGCUUGGUGAGCCAGACAAAGGCUAUGAAGAUUUCACUGCUAGCCUUCCUGCUGAUGAGUGCCGUUAUGCUGUUUAUGAUUUUGAGUAUCUGACUGAAGGGAAUGUCCCCAAAAGCAGGAUCUUUUUCAUUGCAUGGUCCCCUGAUUCGUCCAGGGUCAGAAGCAAGAUGAUUUAUGCAAGCUCCAAAGACAGAUUCAAGAGGGAGCUGGAUGGAAUUCAAGUAGAGUUGCAAGCAACCGAUCCUACUGAGAUGGGUCUUGAUGUGUUCAAAAGCCGUGCCAAUUAAAUUAUUAUAAAUAGUAGGCUUUCUGGUGGGAGCUCCCCUUAAGCCUUAGUUACUCAUGGAAAUAUCCAUAGUUUGUGGGAUGUUCAACUUGGGUAGUUAUGGUCCCAAACUCCCAAUUUUCCCAAGUUGUGGCAUAAAGUCUAUUGCACCUUUGACAAGCUUGGCUUGUUCCCGUGUAUCUUAUUAUGAUUUGUGAUUUAUACAACCUUUGCGUUUGAGUGGCAUUUCAGUCGUCUUAUCCUUACUAGUUGAAUUUGUAACUGUUUUGUGUGAUCAGACAAAAAAUGAGGUUCACUUAUUUAGUAUUGACACUCGUCAUCCACUAAUGCCUUGUGACUGCAUUUGGCUGAUAUAUGUUUUCCUUGUGUCAUGCUAUAUCCCUUUUUUUAGGAAUGACAUCCUAUUCAAUUGGUUGCUUUUUCUUACUUGAAACUAUUUUACUUCAUUCAUAGCAUAUAAACCUUUUUUGGGUUUUACCAUGAACAUU